UUGCUCCUUCAACACACCAAAAUAACCGACGGUUACAAGAAUGUUCCUGCAAAACCAUAAUGCAUAAUGCAUGAGAGAGAAACACUAUUCCUCAAUUUUCAAAUUUCCCUUUCUCUCUAACCAUCAUUUUCUUUUACCCUAACACCAUUUUCUUCUCUACCUCAAUCUUUCACCAUUUUUUUUUUAUUUCUUUUUUUCUUACACCUGCAUUCUACUUUGCUAUUUCUUCCAUUUCUUUAUCCGAUCGAUGAACGCAUCUCUUUCGUUUUUGCAACUUUUCGCGUUAAAUGUUUUCCUCUUUCGGAAUUCGGCGUUCGGAUUAGCUUAGGGUUUCAGCGGAAAAAAAUUCUCUCUCUCCCUUUUUGUACAGAAUUGUUUUUGGAAUGGAACCUCGCGUUGGGAAUAAGUUUCGGCUUGGUCGUAAGAUCGGAAGCGGAUCGUUUGGAGAGAUCUAUUUAGGUACUAACAUUCAAAAUAAUGAAGAGGUUGCAGUUAAGCUUGAAAAUGUCAAGACAAAACAUCCUCAGUUGCUAUAUGAAUCCAAGUUGUACAGAGUUCUCCAGGGAGGAACUGGAAUUCCUGAUAUUAGAUGGUUUGGAGUUGAGGGAGAUUACAAUGUUCUAGUGAUGGAUCUGCUUGGACCUAGUCUUGAAGAUCUAUUUAACUUUUGCAGUAGAAAGCUCUCACUAAAGACAGUUCUCAUGCUUGCUGAUCAAAUGAUCAACCGUGUUGAGUUUGUUCAUUGUAAAUCUUUUCUACAUCGGGAUAUCAAACCAGAUAAUUUCCUUAUGGGAUUGGGAAGGCGGGCAAACCAGGUUUACUGUAUUGAUUUUGGUUUGGCCAAAAAAUAUAGGGAUAGUUCAACCCAUCAACACAUUCCAUACAGAGAAAAUAAGAAUUUAACUGGGACUGCUAGAUAUGCAAGUAUGAAUACCCACCUUGGCAUUGAGCAGAGUCGAAGAGAUGAUUUGGAGUCUCUUGGUUAUGUCUUGAUGUACUUCCUGAGGGGAAGUCUCCCUUGGCAAGGACUUAAAGCGGGAACCAAGAAACAGAAAUACGAGAGAAUCAGUGAAAAAAAGGUUUCUACCUCUAUUGAGGCAUUGUGUCGAGGUUAUCCAACAGAGUUUGCAUCAUACUUCCAUUACUGCCGCUCAUUAAGGUUUGAUGAUAGGCCAGAUUAUGCUUAUCUCAAGAGAAUAUUUCGUGACCUGUUUAUUCGUGAAGGAUUCCAGUUUGAUUAUGUGUUUGAUUGGACAAUUUUGAAGUAUCAGCAAUCACAGCUAGCCGCACCCCCUGCACGUGCUGUUGGUCCUGCUGCUGGAACUAGUUCUGCAAUGCCACCAGCUGUGACUAAUGCUGAUAGACAAACAGGAGAGGAAGACGGACGACCUCCUGGUCUGAUUUCAGGGGAUUCCACAAGGAGAAGAAUGUCAGGCACCAUCUCAAACACUGUAAAUAUUUCAAGACAGAAAAAUCCUGUCACCAUGGAUGCUGCUCUUAAUAAGGAAGCCAUGUUAUCAAAGCCCAAUGUCUUGGGUCAGUCAAGUGGAUCAAGGCGAGCGGGUGUUUCUAGUAGCCGGGAUGCAUUUGCUGGUAGUGAUUUGGAUUCUCGUACUCGUACUACUGAGGUUAACCCUGGAAUGCGCAAAAUAACAUCUGGGAGAAAUGCUUCUUCUCAUGUCAAGAACUAUGAAAGUGCUGUCAAGGGCAUUGAAGGUUUGCAAUUGGAAAAUGACAAGAGGGCACAUUAUUAACUCCUUACCCUUUCAUGUUGUAAAUAUAUAUUUGAGUUGAGGAACACUGCAAUGCAGUAGUUGCAUACGUUACUAAGGUGAGCUGUGAAGGGAUAUGAACUCAGAUACGAAGGGAUAACCCUUGUGCUCAUACUCUGAUUAAGUGGGGAAGCUG